AUGGCUCUUCACCCCCCGCCAGAGAGCGAGAAGCUCAUCUUCGCGCCCGCCGGGUCUCAGCAAAACACCCGCGCCGACCAGUUCACCCUCUCGGCCCUCCACCGGCGCGACCUGGACCCCUCGGGGUCGCCCAUCCCGCAGUUCAACGCCUGGUUCAGGGCCGCGCAGGAGUCCCACGCCGUCUCGCACCCGGAGACGUGCACGCUCUCCACGGCGUCCCUGCCCUCCGGCCGCGUCUCGGCGCGCAUGGUCUACCUCAAGGAGCUCGACGGCAAGGGCGGCUUCGUCGUGUACACCAACCUCGGCACCUCGCGCAAGGCCGCCGACCUAGCGACCAACAAGCACGCCUCGCUGGUCUUCUGGUGGGAGGCGCUCCAGCGGCAGGUCCGCGUCGAGGGCGUCGCCGGGCGUCUGAGCCCGGAGGAGAGCCAGGUGUACUACGACACGCGCGUCCGCGGGAGCAGGAUCGGCGCGUGGGCGAGCAGGCAGAGCCAGGUCCUCGAGCCCAAGCCGGACGUCGUCAGCGGCACAGAAGGCGAAGACGACGGGCGCGCGCAGCUGGAAGGCUGGGUUAAAGAGGUUGAGGAGCGGUUCGAUGGGCAGGAGAAGAUCCCGGUACCCGAGUUCUGGGGUGGUUUGAGGAUCGUGCCGGAUCGGAUUGAGUUCUGGCAGGGCCGGGAGAACCGGCUUCAUGAUCGGUUCGUGUACGACAAGGAGGAGGGCGAGGACGAUAAGUGGACGGUCAACAGGCUUAGUCCCUGA